AUGGUACGAGGGAUGAGGAUCCUCCUCCUGGUGCUGGCCCUGGUGCCAAGCCUGAGCCUGAAGAUGGAGUUGACGGACAGCAACUUCAAAAAAGCCCUGGAAGGGAAAAACGCCUUCGUGUUCUUUCAGGCGCCUUGGUGUGGCCACUGCCGCAAGCUUCAACCGGAGUGGGAUCAGAUGGCAAAAGUGUAUGCCGACACGCCCAAUGUCAUCAUUGGGCAGGCGGACUGCAGCGGAAGUGGCCAGCAAUUCUGUGGGGAGAACGGCGUUCAGGGCUACCCAACCUUGAAGCUUUGGAAGGAUGGACGGAUGGCAGACUACAACGGAGGCCGUGACUUCCAAAGCCUGAAGCGCGAGGUGGAGCGGAAGCUGGAUCCACGCCCGGCCUGUAGCCUGGAGUCCAAGGAAGCCUGCACACCAGAGGACCGGGCUAUUUUGGAAGAGAGCGAGAAAAUGUCCAAGGCGGAGAGGGCGGCCAAGUUGAAGGAAGUGCAGCAAGAGAUCCAGGAGGCGAAGAAACAGCAGCAGGAGCUCGAGAAGAAACAGAAGAAGCUGACGGAAGCGCUGGAGCUCAUCAAGGCCGGUGGGGUCCAAGUCGAGAAGGUGGAGCAGCUCUUGGACGAUGCCGAUUGGCGUGCCCACUGUGAGGGCCGCACUUGCAUCGUGGCCUUCCUGCCGCACAUCUAUGACGACGGUGCCGCGGGCCGACGAGAGAAGAUCCAGGUCUUGGAGCAGGUCUUGAAGGAGACGAAGAAGGAUGGCAAAUCCGUGGGCUUCCUCUGGAGCCAGGGUGGCGACCAAUUCGAGAUGGAGGAGGUGCUGGGUUUGCAGUUUGGCUUCCCGGCGGUGAUGGCCGUUAACUUUGCCAAGGGCCGCUUUGGCGUCCACAGAGGCAUCUUCGACAAAGACUCCAUAUCUCAGUUCCUCACCUCCCUUGCACGCGGAGGCACUCCGCUGGCUCCUUGGCCUGCCCGUGCGGUCGCUGCGAAGGCCGAGGCCUGGGAUGGCAAGGACGCUGCGCCGCCCGAGGAGGACCUCUGA